UUGUUUCUUUUCAUCCAGAUUCGCUCAGACCAGGACCAAGACAUCUCAAUCCGAUACAGCAUCACCGGAGUGGGAGCAGAUCAGCCACCCAACGAGGUGUUUAACAUUGACCCUGUGCUCGGAAAGAUGUUUGUCACCAAACCGUUGGAUCGCGAGCAUCGCUCCUCUUAUCAUCUGAGAGCCCAUGCUGUGGAUAUGAAUGGGAACCAGGUUGAAAAUCCCAUCGAUCUGUACAUCUUCGUCAUCGACAUGAAUGACAACAGGCCCGAGUUCAAAAACCAGGUCUAUAAUGGUUCUGUGGAUGAAGGCUCUAAACCAGGAACAUAUGUGAUGCAUCUGUCUGCGUUUGAUGCUGAUGACAACACCACCGCUAACGGAAUGGUGCGUUAUCGGAUCCUCUCUCAGACGCCACACAGCCCCAUCCCUAACAUGUUCACCAUCAACAGCGAGACCGGGGACAUUGUGACGGUGGCACCGGGACUUGAUCGAGAGAAAGUGUCCCAGUAUACCAUCAUCGUGCAAGCCACGGAUAUGGAGGGCAACCUGAACUUUGGCCUCUCCAAUACAGCCACUGCCAUCAUCACUGUCACGGAUAUCAAUGACAACCCUCCCAUGCUGACCUCCAGAACUGUGAGUUAG